GCGGCAUUGAUUAUCUGAGAACAAUGCCAGAAACAUUUUUGAGUUCAAACGUCGCAAAAUUUCUUUCUCUGCUUAUGGCUACGCAGUGUUUUGUCGGUUGUAUUGCAAAUGCGAUCGUUCUGUUGUAUUCUAUACGCAAUAAAAGACAUUUCCAGAAUACGGCAGACAAACUUAUACUUCAUUUGGCCGUUACGGAUUUUAUAGCUCUAUCAACGUACGUUCCAUGGCGUUCAUAUCUUUUAAUGAUUCGAACAAGAACAACAGACUACAAGUUCUACACUUCAUUGUUUGUUUUUUGUAUAUUUCUCACAGGAAGCGCUGUACUACUCAUCGCAUUUGAUCGAUUCGUUGCCCUGACCAGGCCGCUAAGAUACAAAGGUCUUAUAACGUCGAAAGUAUUUUGGAUUUCUGUCAAGACAUCUUGGAUAUGCGCCUUUUUGCUGGGUAUUUUCCAUUAUUUUAGUUAUGAUUUUCGCGUUCAUGGCGAGUAUGAGGUUUUUCUUAGCUCUUUGUCUUUCCUACAAUUAAUUCUUAUGGCCGUCAUAUACACCUUCCUGCUAAAGUCAAUCGCUAACCUAGGAAGAAAAAUGUGUGGCGAAAGUGUCUCGUUUAAUAUUAAACAGUCUGCUUUAACAGUAAAGACCGUUCGUAUGACGUUUGUGAUUGUCUGCUUAUUCUACGCAACCUUUACACCAUAUACGGUCUACAGAAUCGUUUCAACAGCAGAUGAAAGCAUGUCAAAUCAUGAAAAAAAUGGUACAUGGCGUUGGUUGAUUGCAUUUACUUUCUUGAAUUCAUGUAUAAAUCCUUUUGUUUACUUCUACCGUAUGAAGAAAUAUCGUCAUAGACUUUGUAUAAGUUGUUUUGGAAUGCACCACGAUCAUGGUGAAAGAAAUCAUGAAAAUCUUCAAAACAAUAUUACGCAUUUGGUAGUGGAGGCGAAUGUUGGGAAUGAACGUUUACUUGCGAGUCGGUAGAGCAAUGUUGAAGCUAUAAAAACGAUACACAAUAAAGGAGAGAUUAUCUUAUCAAUUUCUGAUGAAUAAUCGGGUUAUCCAAACAAAAUUAAAUGUAUCUAAUAAAGUUGUCAUCGCCUAGUUAGAAUUUCUGUUAUUUCCUGUAA